CAACGAGGGAGGCCUUCGGCACGUUAAGCCGUUAAGAAAUGUAGUCCGUUUUCUCUUUAUAAUUACACGAGGGAUAAGUAAUCUGACAGAAUUAAAGAAAUUUCAGUUAUUACCUUGCAGGGGAACGAGAGAAGAAUCCACUGAUCAAUGUCAACGAGGCAGCGCCCUAAUUAUGAACAUUAAAUGUACAAUUGCCCAGCUGCAUCAGCUUAGUUUCUUUUCAUGACUGAAAAAAUCCGGUUUUGACUUAGAAGUUUCUCAUCAUUAGCGACUAUUGUGUGGUUAUUGCUUCUAAUAUUGAUUAAAAACAAAAUUCUAGUGGUUUCAAGUCGAGUUACGAAGGGUUGCACAAAAAGAACAACCAUUCUCUCGCCGCCAUACAUACAUACGCCGCCAUGCAGUCUGAAUCAACGAGCAGCGCCAAUUCUCCUGAUCUUAAAAAGGUGGACUUUUGAAUCAAGUAAAUUUCCUCAGAAACACCUGGAAGCAAUUCGUUCUGCUCUGUUCAUUCCUUCUGUUAAUUAUCGGUUUGUUUUGUGUUUAUUUCAUCAGAUCAGUUCAGUCCGUUUUUCUAUUGUGAAAAUGAAUCUAGACUAGUCUCAUCUGGUGACAUAACACCAACAAACUAUAAGUUAACAGCUCACAUUUGUCAGGUUCUUUUCAGAAUAAAACUUCCACUGCAGUUUGCUUGUUGUUUCUUUUCAGAGUGGUUCUUUUAAGUGAUGAUCGAAACUAUAUCGUUCAGGUUAGAAUUAGGAGAGGUAGAGCGACACAAAACUGGCCAGAGGAAACCCUUCUUUGAGAAGGCGGUUUUCGGAAUAUCGCAGCUCGCUGGUUAAUUGUGUGGGCGAAGCUCACACCUAUAAAUUGGUACUUGAGAAGUUUGUCUGUCUACGAGAGUCACGUGAUCGAAAAAAAUUGUACUAAGUUGACUGGGCACUAGUUUAGAGUCUACAGAUGAGAAGAUUGGGUGCCAGCUCCUUCGUGUUGUGUACUGUUUGUCGGUUUCCCAAGGGAUAUGGCCUGAAAUGCUACCAGUGUGUCACUCUCAAAGACUGGGAUGACUGUGAUAAGAUCAAAACAGAGGUUACUUGUGUUCCUGGUGCAGACCGCUGUGCGAAAGCCCUUGUGACAGGAAAACAAGGUGAAGUAUCCAUCUCAGCCUACGCUAAAGGCUGCAGUUUUCCAUCUACAUGCAAUGCUGAUGAGUCUGUCUUUUGCAAGUCUCCUGAUCCCAAAGUCUCUGUCACCAAGUGCGACAUUAACUGCUGCUCUGGCGAUUUGUGCAAUGGAGCCAAAGUACCAAUGGUCAGCGCCAUCAUGCUUCUGGGCUGCGUUCUUGUAGCUUUCCUUCGUUAAGCAUCCAAAGCUGUUAACAUUUAAGCGUACAAAAACGUGUAAUUCAGUAGAAAAUAGAGUUAGGUUACCGAUUGUGUAAUUUCAGCAUUGUUAAUUUUCUAGAAGAAUGAUCUAUCCUUUAAUGUAACCACGAGUGAUAUUUCUUUAAUAAAU